CCGGCAUCCUCAUAGUUUACAGUUUACUUGACAACCAAGAUGGCGGACACACAAGAAGCAGAAACUCCAGCAACGCCUGAGCAAGCUGAGGUAACUGAGGAGGCAACAACUCCAGCAGCAGAGGCUCCUGCUGCUCCUGCUGAAACACCUACUGAAGGUGCUGCACCUGAAGAGAGUCAGGACGGGACAGAAGGUGAUGGAGUUGGGGAGUCAGUUCAGCAGGAGGGAGACACACAACCUGAUGGGGAUUCAGCACCUGUGACUGAAGCCCCAGCUGAAGGGGAAGCAAAGGAAGGGGAGGCAACCCCUGCUGGUGAAGGUGAAGGAGAGGCUGGUGAGGGAGAGAAAACGGAAGAGGGGGAGGAGAAACCUCAAACCCCAGGAGCAGCAGCAGAGGGGGAGCAACAAGCUGAGGGAGAGGCAGAAAAACAAGAAGGUGAAGCAGCAGUGGAAGAAGGUGGUGAGGCUAAGACAGAUGAGGGUGAGGCAGAGGGGGAGGGGAAAGAGGCACCUGAAGGUGAGGUGAAGCCUGGGGAAGCAGAAGGGGAGGCUGGAGCAGAAGGAGCAGCUGAAGGAGAACAAGCACCUGCUGAAUCUGGGGAGGGGCCAUCUGAAGCUGGAGAUGGGGAAGCUCAGGCUGAGGGGGAAGCGAAAGAGGAAGGAGCUGAACAGACUGAAACCCCUAGAGAAGAGGAAAGCAAAUCACCCUUGCCCCAGAGCGACACAUUUGCUGAUGGAGAGAGACCAGAGAGUACUGUGGGUGUUGGGGAGAAACUAUCGAGGGAACCAACUCCAACUGGUGAUCAAGGGGAGGUAAUCCAGACAGACAUGUUGGUUCCAACUACGCCAGACAGACAAGCAUCUCCAGAGGUGGGGGAACCUGUCCAGCAGACAUUGUAUGAAGAGGAUGAGGAGGAGGAGGGGGAAGGAGAUGAUGAAGAAGAAGAAGAAGCUGAAGAACCUGAGUUUGACAGAGAUCUGCUCAUAGAGAAAUAUCAUGCUGCACUGCAGGACCGGGAACAGCUGCAGGGGCUGAACUACCAGCUGCAGCACAAGCUGGCCGAAUACUUCAGGAAGAAGAAGGCAGAUGAGAGACAAGACUACGACAAAAAUGUCACCGACCAGGAACAAAGAUACCUUAAAUAUAUGGCUCAGCUGGAAGAACUGCGUAGGCAGGAGCAACACGAGCGGGAAAACUCCCAGUUACAGAUUGAGGAGUUCAAGGACAGGUGUGAGGAGAAGAAGGCCAAGGUCGAUGAAGAGAGGAGCAAGUUUAUGGACUUCCGCAAGCAGGUGGCCCUUAAUGCCAUCAACAGUCGCUCUGGAAAACCUAUCCCACCAAAGGACAUCGAGCAGUAUCUGUCCAAUGCCAACAGAAAGGAGGGAGAGGUUGUGACAGUCCGACUGGAGAACAUCAAGCUGAAAAAUAAACUGAAGAAGAAGGAGCAGCAGCUGAAAUCCAAGGAGGAGCUUGCUGAAGGUCUUCACUUGAUUGACUUUGAGCAGCUGAAGAUUGAGAACCAGACUUACAAUGAGAAGAUUGAAGAGAGAAAUGAGGAGUUGCUGAAGUUGAGGAAGAAGAUCACUAGCACAGUACAGGUCCUAACCCACCUGAAGGAGAAGCUGCAGUUUGUGUUUGCUGAAAACCAUGUACAGAAGGGCAACUUGAAGGAUGUCGAGGCUUAUGUAGCUCAGAGACGGGAUAUUCUAUCUAGAACAAAACAAGCAAGAGACUCACUACGUAUAGACAACCAGCGGUUACGUCAAAACUGUGGUCUCCUUGGUAAUGAGCCUUUAUUGAGAGACUUUGAGGAACGCAAAGAUGAAAGUGACGAUCUCAAAGACAAGUUAGAGAGUCUUAGAAUGCUGCAUGCAGAAUUAACCCUUAACUGUAACCAAGUGCGCAGGAAAAUAGAGCAAGCUCGUUCAGGACGUCCAUGAUGUGACCCCCGUACAACUACAUGGUUCAAACACUGAACAUGCCAAAUGCUGCCUGAGGGAGAAUGUUGUGAUCAGCCAUAAAUCCCGUUUGAAGAGAAGAAAUGAAGGAAAAUCCAGAUGCAGGCCAUCAAUUUUAGGUAUAAUUCAAAGACAGUAUGAAGUUUUACAAAUGAUGGUUCACAUUCCGUCCACAUUUAUUGUUUAUUGUAAAUACUUACAUUUGCAUGAUGAUCAAUCUUAGCCUUGUGUCCUGAGUUCUAAGAUUGUGCCAGGCAUAUGGCCUCGGUAUUAUCAACAUUAAAAAUGUACACUUGUUCUGUUAAUCAUUUGUAUAUAUUAUAAAGAGUGUGUUUACUUAUA